GUUCAAAGGCCAGCCGGGAUUCGUAGUUCAAUUUCGCUCUCUGAUAUUAGCCUUUCUUAAUUUUUAUGUAGACGAUGAACAGUUUCUUCAACCUUCUGUUGAGUUAUACAACCUUUGAUUGAGUGAUGGAUGUAGACUAAACAAAAAUAUAGAGUAAAAGAGGGGUCUUUAGGUUUUCUAGCACUAGUUUGGCUAUCAUUAUUUCUUCUAUUCUGGGGGGUUCUUGUUUUCUUGUUGGUCAUUUCUGGUAUUUGAUGGGUUCUGAGGUAGAUGAACUAGAAUUAGUAGUUUUUGUUGAAGAAGCACAAAAUUGGAGUUCUUGUUCUCAUGGCAGACAAAAAUGGCUCCUUUUAUUCCACCCUUUGUAGUGAAAGUUUGGAGAUUGCUUCUCAUUAGUGAUAACACCAACUGGUUUUAGUCUUCUUUCUUCUUCCCUCUCGUUUUCUCUGUAAAUUUCUUUACCGUUUGACCAAAAACCAGAACAAAACUUCGUACUUCAAUUGACUGAUAAACUGAAGCCAUGAAGAGGUCUCUUGAUAGCACCGAUUCAUUGGGUGCUUUGAUGUCCAUUUGUCCAACCACACCAGGAGGGGACCCGAAUCAAGUGAGCAACCAUGUCUACCCCAGGGAAUUCCAGACGAUGCUGGAGGGAUUUGAUGAAGAAGGGUGCGAGGAAGAAACAGGGGGUAUGAUGAUGACGGAGAAGAAGAGGCGUCUGAGUGUGGAGCAGGUGAAGGCUCUGGAGAAGAACUUUGAGGUGGAGAACAAGCUUGAGCCGGAGAGGAAGGUCAAACUGGCUCAUGAGCUCGGCUUGCAGCCGAGACAGGUGGCUGUUUGGUUCCAGAACCGCCGUGCACGGUGGAAGACGAAGCAGCUGGAGAGGGACUAUGGUGUCCUCAAGGCCAAUUACGAUUCUCUCAAGAUCAAGUAUGAGUCACUCCACCAUGACAAUGAAGCUCUCCUCAAAGAAAUCCGGGAGCUGAAAGGGAAGCUAGACGGAGAAAAUGGAGGGAGCGAAGCUAUGGUGAAGGAAGAAGCCAUUGAAUCGGAACAGAGCAUCCCGCAGGCAAUUUCUCUGCUCAAAGACCACGACGAUGAAACAGAGGUCAACCUCGAUGACGGCCAUGGAGCUUUGAUCGAUUUUGCGGAUCUCAAAGACGGGUCAUCGGACAGCGACUCAAGCGCGAUCCUGAACGAAGAACGCAGCCCCAAUUUGACAGCCGGAAUGCUAUGCUCCGGCGCGUUCUUGAACUACUUCCAGUUCGAGCACCCGAUGGCGGGAGGUGCACGCGAGAAGGCCGAGGCGUUGCAGCCAGCCUCGGCCUCGCAUUCGGUGAAGGUGGAAGAGCACAACUUCUUCGGGGGAGGCGAAGAAUCGUGCACCAGCUUGUUCUCCGACGAGCAAGCUCCGAUUCUGCAUUGGUACUCGCCGGAGGACUGGAACUGAAUGAAAAUUACAGAAACCCCUCCGAUCAGAUGGGAGGAAGAUGAUCACUGGGAAAAAACAAAAAAGGUUUUAUUUUGUAAAAUUGAAAUGAAUAUAUUAUCUGAUCAUCAUCACGAGUACAGUAGAACCAUGUGAAUGAUGGCUGAUCUUUCUUUUUCCCUGGCCUAUUGCGUAGAUCAAGUUGUUGUCUUCUUUUUCGUUUCGACAAAAGCCGGACACAAGAGUUGACAGAAAGUGACAGGGGUGGUGCACGUGGGUCAUCGGGAUUGGUGGCCCUAGUGGUGUGCAGAGAAAGUAUGAGUAAAAACAUACUCCGUAUUUUUACUGCUUUUUGUCGUGUUUAGGCUAUUAUCUGUCAAUUAAAUAAUAAAACGUGAAAUAUCUCAAGAACAUGAUUUCCUUUGUCAUUUUUCUUUACUUCCGAUGGAUGCCUCCAAAAUUUCGC